ACCUCAACACCGUUCGUCAUUCCUCCUCUCAUUGACUCAUUCUUGGCCGACAAUCCAUGAGCCAGUUGCUAUCGCACAUAUCUCUGUCCUCCCUGGGCGAGACGUGUGCUUCCUACAUCGAUCACGUCGCCACCAGUCUUUCUCCUUCGCUACAGACUUUGCACCAUCAACUUACCACUACUCUUUCAUCCGCCCAAGCCUCGUCUCCCUUGCGUUUUCUCACGCCUUGGCCGGAGUUGAUCGCGGAACACGCAGCCAGCGAUUAUACCGCCCCGGUCGCCUACACACUCCUCGCCUGUGCGAUCGCAGUCAUCGUCAUGUCUUCCUGGCGCCCUUCCUUCAAUUUCUGGCGCCGCUCCCCCAACUACACCAGCGUCCAGAACCCUCCCCAUGUUACCGACAGCGACUACAGCUACAUCACGACAGAUGAGAUCGUCAACCCGCUCAGACAGCCGGCAUACGGACACCAGUACGCUGGGGCCGAUGAUGCUGAGCCCGACACCAUCCUGUUGAAACACCGCAAGAACACCUACGACCUGCACUUCCCUGCUUACGCCAUCAACGAGGGUGCCCUCAGUGUGGGUCAGCUGAGACAACGGGCAGCGGAAGUGACGCGCACGCCUGACCCGAAGCGGAUCCGAUUACUCUACAAAGGGAAACUGUUGGACAACGAUUCGCUGCCCUGUCGGGCGGAAGGCCUCAAGCAGCAGUCCGAGGUCCUGUGCGUGGUCUCGGAGGUGCAGCCCGGGGUGAGCUCCCCCAGCGAGACGUCCGAGGCGGAGGUCGAGCCUGCCCGCCCGCAGGAUCCCCCUCCCAAGCGAUCGGGCAAGAACAAAAAGCGUGGGAAUAAGGGCAAGAAACCGGCCAAACAGGCAGAUAGCCCUGCCACUGGUGGUGCAGCGGGCUCGACCACUCUGGCACCCCCGGCGCAAGCGGCGCGACCAUCCGCCUCCCCCAGUCGAUCGGCCAUGCCGUCACCCGCACCCAGCCUCAACGCCUUCCGCACUCCGCUGGACCAGGCCAACGGCCUCUUGUCGUAUCUGCAUCGGGAGUUGCUCCCUCUCUGCGAGGAGUACUUCACCAAUCCUCCCACAGACCCGAAGGCGCGCGAUUUCGAGCACAAGAAGCUCAGUGAGACCAUCCUCGCGCAAGUCAUCCUGAAGGCGGAUGGCAUUGAGAUCACGAAUGAUGAGGAUCGUGCUGCCCGGCGUGCUCUGGUCAAGGAGGCACAGACGUUACUGGGCAAGCUUGAUCAGGCACUGAAUAAUUAAACUACCUUCCACCUCUUAUGUAAAUGACCCAUUUCUUGAUAGCUCACGAAAAGACCAUAAUACUACUGUUGCCGUUUGAAGAGGAAGGUUUGAGACAUUUCUUUCAAUUCCCUCCGGCAUUUGUUUAUCUGUUUGUCUGGAUGAUUGGUUUCAUUUGUAACUUACGACUCAUGUAUUCAGCUCUGCGUUCUGUGUUGUGGUCGCAGGGCCUGGGUACGUCGCUUCAAUGCACAUACAAUUUUACCCGUGGAUGUGAUACCGCAUGGGAAUGGUGUCCGGAUGAUGUC